CUUAUCUUGAAUUCACAAAGCCAAUCUCAUUCAUCUCCUUCAUUUACUCACAGACUUCCAUCUCACAAUGCCGAUUCAAAAGCUGAAAGUUGGUAUGGCUGGUCUGGGCCGGAUAGGCAAGGUCCAUGUCCACAACUUCCUUCACCAAACCCCACGGGCCGAAGUUGUCGCCGCCUUCUCCCCCGAUCCUGCCGAGAUUACAUGGGGUAGACAACACCUAGAGCCUUAUGGAGUUACGUUAUAUGAUAACUAUGACAUGAUGCUGGAGCACCCCGGCUUGCAAGCAGUCGUCAUCGGGACGGCGACCUCGGUGCAUGCCGAGGAGACGAUGAAAGCUAUCGAUCGGGACCUGCAUGUUCUUUGUGAGAAGCCAUUGUCAAUUGAUGUGGAAGUGUGCAGAGCAGUUGCACAGAAGGCUAAGACCAAGCCACACUUGAAGGUGAUGUGUGGCUUUUCUCGGAGAUUCGAUGACUCCUAUCGCGAGGUUUAUGAUAAGAUCAGCCAGGGAAUGAUUGGACGUCCCUCCAUCGUGAGAAGCCAGACUUGUGACAAAUACGACCCCUCGGGCUUCUACGUGGCUUACGCAGCGUGGUCGGGUGGUGUGUUUGUUGACAUGUCGGUCCAUGAUAUCGACCUGACCUUGUGGUUCAUGGGAGAGGACUCGGUCCCCAAGAGCAUUUCCGCCCACGGAAUCACGGCUGUCCAGCCAGAGUUGAAGAAGUACAACGACUACGACAACGCAGUCGGAAUUGUUGAGUUUCACAAUGGCAAAAUCGCCUACUACUACUGCUCUCGAAUGAUGCCCCAUGGACAAGAAGAUACGACCGAAGUUAUUGGCACCGAGGGGAAGCUGUCUGUUAACAUCAACCCGCAACGCAACUUCGUCAACUACUACCACAACGGCGGCAUCACGCGCGAGGUCCCUGCGAAUUUCCACGGGCGCUUCGGAGGUGCCUUUGUGAACGAGGCAAACGAAUUCACUGCCUGUUGCUUAGACAACAAACCACUGCCCCUCAAGCUGUCUAAUGCAGUCAAAGCUGUUGAGAUUGGCGCAUACCUUCAGGAGGCAUUGGUGACAGGGAAGCAGAUCCACUUUGAUGAGAUUGGUAGAAGGAUUGAGAAGGCUCAGUUGUAGGAUGGAUUCUAUAUCCGGCCUGCUCCAAGAUAUUAAAGCUUCUUUCAAUGUUUGAAUCUAGAAAAUGAUCCAAGAUGUAAUGAAUACCUAGCUGUUCUUCGUAGACAAACACUGCUUCCUCACUACUACUUAAGUACUAAGAGUUGAAUUAAGCUGGGGAAAUUGCACUAUUCCGAAAACGGCAUCCCCGCAUUCCGGAUUCAACCCAGGGAGAUCAUCGAAU